AUGGGUCAAUCAACAUCACGGUCCGAAGAGACUGAUGAUGGCUUGCCAUUGAAAGAAACAUCGGAAGUUUCUUCUGAGCGGCCAUCAAUUCAACAACGACGGUCCUGGUUGUCAUCCGGAGAACCCUCGAAGCCGGAUUCAGAAACCAAAAAAGAAUCGAAAAAAACCAAGAAGAAAUCUCGAUCUAAAAAGUCUAAAAAGAAGGUGGACCAAGCCGAUACGCUUUCCGAGACUGUGGAAUACCAGUCAUCAAAGCGCCCUAGUCAAAACGUUUCUGACCUUGAAAGUGUCAUCAACGACUUGGAAGACAAAGACCACGGCUCGAAGGAGCAGAAGCCGAAGCCACAGAAGCAGGAUGCCAAGUCGAGGCAACCUACAACCAAGCCUCCUGAUGACGCCUCCGAUGAAGAUGUGGAUUUCCCAAUCACCAUUGGGAAAGGUCACCCACAACUCCAGCUACCUACCAACAAAGCGGCGUUUUCAACCUUCAUUGACGAUGAUAGUCAAGUAGAUGAUCAAGGAUACCCGACAUAUCCCAACGGAAACACCAUCUUCGUCUUACACCCCGAAGAAAAGGUGACGAACUUCGGGUUUGUGGCUUGGACUCACACGAUGCGCACCGAUUCCAAGCACCCCCUCUGGAGAGUCCGUCGAUUUUACUGCCUUGGUGUGAUCGGAUGCACCGAUCCAAACUGCCGCCUUGCCGGGUCACCACCAACUGGCUACAAGGCCAUACCUGCACUCUUAGGGAAAUUCCCUAACUGUCCAGUGUCCGAUUGCGAUGGCCUACGCAUCCAUGUUCCAUGUGAUGCCCGCUGUCGAUUUGAUGAAGAGAAAUCGACUCAUUGGCAAUUACUACGACAUCAAGGCCGACACAACCACGUCUGGCCGGAGGCUAAGAAGGCUGACCGAAUUUCCAAGGCUAAGCUGAAAGAGAUGGUUAUCAACGACCCCAAGACGGGACCUUUGGGCCUCAAGGUUGGGCGGGCAAACGCGUCAAAGAAUCCCAUUCAGUCAGUGGCCAACAUACAUUCCUCGUUUGGUCAUAUUGACCGCCUCGGCUACUUGCGACGCGACAUCCUCGUCAAAAACGAGCUUAUGCCUGAUAACCAGGACCCCGACGGGGCAGAUAGAUGGCUGACCAAACUCGAGCAUUGGGGAAAGCAGGGGAUGCGACUAGUCUCCUCGUCGCUGAAAAUUGAAGAGAUUCAUAUUUCUUUUCAGGGUGCCUGGAUGGAGGAGGUUCUGUUGUACGAAAGCAAAAGCGGCGAGUCAUACUCAGGUGGCCUACUCUCGGACGUCACCUAUUGCUUUUUCCUCAACGGUUAUCUUUUAACUACCUCAAUGUACAACGGAAAACUGGAACGAUGGGUCCCUGUGCUUUUGACCUUCUUGAAGGGUCUUUCUACUCAUCAUUACAAGGCCCAUUUCAAGACGUUGUUCACCAUCAUCGACCAAACUUCGAAAUCCGAAAACCAGACGAGAAGGCUUCUUGAGCAGGUAGUAGAUUUCUCGCUAGCUCAGAGGAAUGGAUUUAUUGAGGCGUACAUGGAGGUGUUCAGAGGCAGUGACAAAGUUGAGGCGCUUUCCAAGCUGCACGGUUGUAAACAGCAUUUCAUGGCGGCUGUGACUCGAAUCAAAAAGAACAGCUCAAUAGUUCCAGUGGAUCAAGAUGUCCGCUGGAAUUUGUACCAAUUGUUUCCACGGGCGAAGAAGUGGUUGGAUUGGUGGAAAGCGUCGGAUAUACAGGCAAUGUUAUUUCCUUCAAGGAAACGUUUACCCUUAGAUGACCCUCCCCUUCCUGGUGAAGAAGAUGACGACAAUGUUGAGGAAGAUCAAGGACCUCGCAGACGGCCUGAAUUACCUGGAACAACAAACGCGCAGGAAUCCAUGCACCGUGUGUAUUAUCUGCUUUGCCCAGGCAAAUGUGCUAUCAUACCUGGAUUUGUUCAGCUUUUCGCCCUUGUGCAAAGUUUAGAACACGAUUAUAGGCAGGUCCAGCAAGGGUGUACCGUGACUUACGGCGUGUCCAAGAAGAAUUGGGAAACUGUAGUCACUAACAUGGGUAUGGCGAAACCGACCAAGCGAAAAUACAAAAGUGAAGGCAACGACGGCCGAGCUCCUGACACCACCAAGGAGCUCCUGGGUAUAACCAAAUCGAAGAAACGCUCUGAAGUCAAGAAGAAGGGGCCAGGACGGCCUAAAGGGUCACAAAACGUACCACGAAAGCAUCCAGGAACCGCUGUUGGCAGAGCUCGACGCUGGAGUGCCUGUAUGCUCUUUUUGGCCCACUAUGGAGCCGGUAUGCCACGGUCAACGGCUCUCCCUUCGGCCUCCUUCCCAGCUGGUGAAUUUGCUUCAGCCAAUGGCUUCAUGGACGAACUACUCCGCCCUGGCAAAAUUUCUCUUCGUCCUCUCUUUGAAAUUCCUUUCCGCAAGGUCACGACGUGUUUUCGCGAAGCCAAACAUUCAACCACGUCCAUUUCAUCUCGACUAGGUCAAUUGAUAGAUUUAUGGCAGUCGCAAGGUCUCACUGCAGGAAGUGAUAUGGUCUGCCGGAAAUGUCAUCCUUCGGAACGAACCAGUCGUGGUAACGUAGUGAAUGUGGAUGUGGACGACGAACCUGCGGAAGAAGAUGAUCAAGGAAGAUGCAACUCACCCGAACCGGAGGAAUCUGAAGAAAAAAAGUCAAUGCUAGAACAGACCCUCAAGAUUCACUUAACAGACCGCAAAUCUGCGCCUUUACACCUUUACUUCCACUUAGACGGGGUUGGAGCGAUGACCCACGAAAUGCGUGAAAGCUACAUGGGUGACACGGAUUGGCCAGCACGUAUCAUGAUUGGUGGCGUGGAAUAUAUGAUGGUGACACGUGGAUUUUGGGCCAACAGUCAUUAUUGGUGCAAAGUGGUACGGUCAGUGGAGGGAAUCAUGGGUGUAUGGCAUUACAAUGAACUCAGGAACGCUGGACGUGCUCAGCUUUUAGACCGAAAUGUUGCAACUAUUGCUGGGUGUGAGCCACACACAAGCUGGACCAUACCCUUUACGAUGCCCUCAGAUAAUUACCCUUUUGGAGGGUCGCUUCCUUUGAAGGAAAAAACUCAGCUAGAUGGAACCACUGCGGAAGAAACCACUGCGACUACCGACAAGACUUUGACUCACGUCGAAGAGGUUCAGGAAAUAUUGGAGGAUAUUCCUAUAGAGUGCGAGGACGAAGUAGACGAAUUGGCUUUUGAUGCAGAAGUACCAACAGAAGAAGAGCCAAGUGGACUGCUGGAAAAAGCAAGCCACAAGAAGUAUAAGGGUUAUGAAUACGUUAUAGUUACAGAAGCAGAGGAGCCAACUCCUGAAAGCCCUCCUGCUGCCGACACAGGUGGCUUGCGGAAGUCACAGCGCAAAAGUAGGAGACAAAAUUAG